AAAUAUGAUUAUUGAAUUCCACGUGAUUUUGACCCCACUCUGAACUUAACCAUCACUUCAGUAUGGUGGUGGAUCCAAGCGUGUAACACAUGAAUAUUUCACGUGAUUCAUUCUCGACCUGCAAUCGACCAUUGUUAUAGCGACUCUACAUAACACCAGCAGCACUCCUCAAUGUCAUAUUGUCAACUCACCCAGUGCAGUUGGGAACAUUAUCAGACUAACAUCAUGGGCGGAACACGUCUGCUUCGAUGGAAGCUCCUAGGAGUGGCAGGACUAACCUUCUGCAUGGCUUGGUGCCUCCUACAGAUGGCUUCUGAACACCAGGAACAGGUGUGGAAACGCAUUUUGGCAGGGUUGUUUGGUGUUCCGAGUAUCUUGGUGACCGUUCUAUCACUGUGGAUGUCUACAUUGCGCAUAUCCUACGGACAUGGGCUUGUCUCAUCCUACCUCCAUGUUACCAUUAUAUCAAUCCUCCUCGUGACGCGCUUCCCUGUAAUUUGGAAGUGCAAGAAGGCCUGGAAGAACCCAAGGAAAUCACAAGAAGAAUAUCUGAAAGAAAUCAUCAAAGCAAAUGCGCAAUCCGAAUACUCAAAAGACUUUGGACUCUGUUCAGUGACAUCUUUGGCGGACUUGAGGAAGAAACAUGCAUUAACGGACUACGAACGGUACAGGCCAUAUGUAGAUCGUCUGGAGAAAGGUGAAACAGGUUUGCUGGCAUGUGAUCCUGUUAUACGGUUCGCGCUCACCUCCGGAACCACAGGGAAAGCGAAGAUGGUGCCAUACACUAAACUCUAUCAAAAGAAUCUCUUCAGAUGGGUAUUUGGAAUUCUCUUCGAUGUCAGGGCUAAUUAUUUCGGUCAUGACGGUCUCCAGCGAGAGCUGUUCAUGUAUACAGCACCAAAGGUGAGGCACUCAGAAGGCGGCGUCUUGAUGGCCCCUGCUUCAGUUAUGUCUAAGACAUUAAAACGACUCUUGUUUUUCUGCUCAACACCUGCAGUUGGUUACGACAUCAGUGAUCCUAUUGAUUCCGUAUAUGUCCAUCUUCUUUUCGGGCUCCGUGAUCCCAACCUUCGUAGCAUCAACGCACAUUUCACUUCAAACCUGAUGUCAGCAAUGCGAAUGAUUGAGCAAAAGUGGCCCGAGUUUGUUCGAGACAUUGAACUUGGAACCGUGACGACAACCAAUGUUCCACCCGACAUUCAUAGAACACUUGUAAAGGAGCUUGGCGGAGGGGAUCAUGCUAGAGCUACAGAACUGAAGAAGGAGUUCCAGAAGGGUUUCGAAGGCAUCAUGAAGAGGGUCUGGCCACACAUGAGAUAUGUUCAUGCAUUAGAUUCAAUAGGCCUCAAGGAUGCUCUCGUAAAAUCAUAUGCAAAAGGUUUGACACUAUAUGGUGGGGUGUUUGGUGCGUCCGAGGGUAUCUUCGGAUUUAACCUCUGGCCAAACUCAACGGGUAAAGAUGAAUUUGUUCUAAUGCCAUGCACAGCAAUCUACGAAUUUAUUCCACAGGAUAAAAUAACUGAAGAUCAACCGGAGACUUUUUUCAUAGAUGAGCUCCAAGUUGGUGGCAUUUACGAGGUCGUCAUUACUCAAGUGUUCGGUUUCUACAGAUUCAGAUAUGGUGACGUCAUCCGAGUGCGGCGAUUUCACUUCAAUGCUCCCGUUGUGGAAUUCAUGUACAGGUCAGGUCAAAUCCUCAAUGUGCAUGCAGAGAAACUUGACCAGCAUACUGUGAAGUCUGCCAUGGAUGCUGCCGUUGGCCACUGGCCCGGUGUUUCCCUUGAGGAAUAUGCUGUAGCCGAGAGUACUCUCCUUGAUCAACUAGUGGAGACUGAUGCUGAUCAUAGACCGUACUAUGUGGUAUUUCUUGAGCUGCUUCCUCCCCCGGAGAGAGACUCUAUGGACAGCAUCACACUGGAAAAGGUUGACGAGGAGCUCUGCCAUCAUUCCUUCACGUACAACUCGUUCCGCGAAAAGGGAACCAUAGCCCCUCCUUUGGUGCACAUCGUGAAACCAGGCGCAUUUGUUCGUCUGCACACUUUCAUCCUGAAUAACAGCACGACAUCUGCCAACCAGUACAAAGUCCCGCGGAAACUGCGCACGAAGGAAACCCUCCAACUUAUGCUGGAUAACUCCAUUUAUCAUGGUGAAGUGAAUGCAUGUUCCAAGUGAAAACAGUCAAGAAAGGGUUGUAUCAUUCGAAUGAACAGUUUAACAUUUUGGUUUGUCUUCCAACUACCAUUCGUGCCACAUCUGUUCUGUGCCAUAUCUAUAUAUCUACCAUAUUUGUAUUUAAUGCAGGGUUUUGAAUUAUCAACCAAUAAAGAAUCAAUCAAGUUUAAAAUCUUAGAAUUGUCAAUGUAAGUUUUAAACCAAUAGACAAGACUACUUC